AUGUCUGACCCGUCGGACCACGUCGUUUCCACGCCAGGAUUCAAGAUGGACCUGCCCAAGUUCUCUGGCUCGCCCGGCACCUUUCAUGCGUGGAGCAUUCGCAUGAAGAUGGCGCUCAAGCUGCGCGGCGACGACGUCUGGGCAGCUGUGGAGGCAGGAGCAUCGUCAUCAGGAGGUCCAAGCUCAGCGACACGCUCAAGUGCAAGGAGACCGACAGCAGGAGAUCACGCCAACCUCACCGCUGCAAACCUCAUCGCGUCCACGCUCUCAGGCUACCCCCUUCUCCUCUUCACCAACGGAGAAGCAGACGUCAACGCCGGCCAAGGAUGGGCCCGGCUCAAGGACCACUACGCUUCGCAGGACCGCCUCCGCAUCGCAGAGCUCAAGGAGGCGCAGCUUCACGUUCCCUGCGGCAACCUCGCCCGCUUCUUCGAGCGACACAUGGAGCUGCAGCAGCAGUUGCAGGACGCAGGCGUGCGCCAGGACAACGAGGACCUCUUCACCAUCGUCUGGAAGCAGCUGCCACGCUGGACAGCCCCGCUCACGCUUCCCUACUUUGCCAGUGGCCGCUUUCCCUCCCUCCUCGAGCUCAGCAUCAGGCUGCAGCAGCUGGAGCAGCAGAUGUGUGUGUUGUAA